AUGGCAACGGCUACAUACCCACCACCACCACCUUAUUACAGGCUUUACAAAAAUUACGCGCAAGACCCUCAGUCUGCUCCAGAGCCUCCACCACCAAUUGAAGGGACUUACAUUUGUUUUGGAGGCAGUUACACUACUAGUGAUGCUCUACCAAGCUUGGAAGAACAGGGAGUGCGCCAACUCUAUUCCAAGGGACCUAAUAUUGAUUUCAAGAAGGAGCUGAGGUCACUUAAUGGAGAAUUGCAACUACAUGUUUUGGAGCUUGCUGAUAUUCUUAUUGAGAGACCAUCUCAAUAUGCAAGGAGAGUUGAAGAAAUUUCAACCGUGUUCAAAAAUUUACACCACCUUUUAAAUUCACUACGUCCUCAUCAGGCUAGAGCAACUUUAAUUCACAUUUUGGAACUCCAGAUAGAGCGCCGUAAACAAGCCGUGGAGGACAUAAAAAGGUAUGCACAUUUCCUGAUGUUUUUUUUAAUGUCCUUGACUACGAUUUUAGAUCCUUCUACUAUUUUUGUUGGUAUGUUUUGUAACCUUCAUGGAUUACAAAAUCCAAGAGAUAGUUCAUUCCUUCUGGUUGUACCUGAAGUAACUUAA